AUGGUCAAGAAGCGAGCAUCCAACGGUCGUAACAAGAAGGGCCGCGGCCACGUCAAGCCCAUCCGCUGCUCCAACUGCUCGCGAUGCACGCCCAAGGACAAGGCCAUCAAGAGAUUCACCAUCCGCAACAUGGUCGAGUCUGCUGCCAUUCGUGAUAUCUCGGACGCCUCUGUCUUCAGCGAGUACUCCGUGCCCAAGAUGUACCUGAAGCUGCAGUACUGCGUUUCUUGCGCCAUUCACGGCAAGAUCGUUCGUGUCCGCUCCCGCGAGGGCCGCCGCAACCGCGCUCCCCCACCACGUGUGCGAUACAACAAGGACGGCAAGAAGGUCAACCCAGCCCAGGUCAACAAGCCUCUCGGUGCCCAGGCAUAG